GCAGUUGCGCGGCCUCUCUUUCGUCCGUGUUGCGAAAAUAGGGUUUUCUGGUUUUUAUCGACGCCUGUGUGAUUUAGCAACCUUCUUCUUUAAGCAGGAGGAAUGCUUAGGAGCUCCUCUUGCUUGAAGGGCGCCAUGUCUUCUUCCGCCUUUUUUCUCACUCCCCAUUCCUCUGCUAAUGUCUCUCUUCUUCGUAAGAGAAAUUUUCAUGGUGGCCUUCCCAAAAACCCAUCUUCCUAUUCUCGUUCUUCCCUUAGCCGCUCUCCUCUUCAGGGGAGCAGCUUUCAUGGUGCCUUCCUUGGAAACCCGUCUUCACUUUCUCUCUCUAAAUGUUCUGUUCACUGCUUUGCUCAGACCGCGACAAUUGACAGGAUAAAAGUUCAGAACCCAAUCGUGGAAAUGGAUGGGGACGAGAUGACCAGGGUCAUAUGGAAAAUGAUUAAGGAUAAGCUUAUCUAUCCAUACCUGGACUUGAAUAUUAAGUAUUUUGACUUGGGAAUCUUAAAUCGCGAUGCUACAGAUGAUCAAAUUACCAUAGAGAGUGCUGAAGCUACGCUCAACUGUAAGGGUUUAUCACUUGCUAAAUUCGUUGUUGUAGACGACAAGUCCUUGGAAGCCAGUUUCUUCUCUAGGCAUGCCAAUCCUGCUCCCAUGUACAAUGUUGGUGUGAAAUGUGCAACAAUAACUCCUGAUGAAUCUAGGGUUAAGGAAUUUGGCCUGAAGUCAAUGUGGAAGAGCCCCAAUGGUACAAUAAGGAACAUACUGAAUGGCACUGUAUUCCGAGAACCCAUCCUUUGCAGAAAUAUUCCUCGUUUAGUGCCUGGUUGGAAGAAGCCAAUUUGCGUUGGUAGGCAUGCUUUUGGAGAUCAGUAUCGUGCCACUGAUAUGCUUAUUCAAGGACCAGGAAAGCUUAAAUUGAUCUUUGAAUCAGAAAAUGGUAAUGCCCCAGUGGAGCUUGAUGUCCAUAAAUUCAAGGGCCCUGGAGUAGCAUUAGCAAUGUUCAAUGUGGAUGAGUCGAUUCGGUCUUUUGCUGAGUCAUCACUGGCGAUGGCAUUCGAUAAGAAAUGGCCUCUUUAUAUGAGCACCAAGAAUACAAUCUUGAAGAAAUAUGAUGGCAGGUUCAAGGACAUAUUUCAGGAGGUUUAUGAAGAGAGAUGGAAAGACAAAUUUGAGAAGGCUUCAAUAUGGUAUGAACAUCGACUAAUUGAUGACAUGGUGGCUUAUGCUCUAAAAAGUGAAGGUGGAUAUGUUUGGGCCUGUAAAAAUUACGAUGGUGAUGUGCAAAGCGAUUUUCUUGCUCAAGGUUUUGGUUCUCUUGGACUGAUGACAUCUGUGCUGGUAUCAUCUGAUGGGAAGACAUUAGAGGCUGAGGCUGCUCAUGGAACAGUGACACGGCACUUUCGGUUGCACCAGAGAGGACAAGAAACCAGCACAAACAGUAUUGCUUCUAUAUUUGCUUGGACCCGAGGCCUUGAGCACAGAGCGAAGCUUGACAAAAACGAUAGGCUGUUGGGAUUUGCACACAAGUUGGAGGCUGCGUGUAUAGAAACUGUGGAGUCAGGAAAAAUGACAAAGGAUCUCGCCCUUUUAAGUCAUGGACCAAAGGUAUCGGGAGAAUUCUACUUAAAUACUGAGGAGUUCAUUGAUGCUGUUGCGCAAAGCCUCCAGAGUAGGAUUUCAAUCCCUGCGGUUCUGUAAGUUUUUGAGAUUUUAUGAAAUGAGAUUACUUGAACAUUGAACGAUAUAAUCAGGAAUAAAGUUUUUCGCUUUUAGAAAAUCAUCAAUAAUAUUUAGGUAAGUUACUGAAUAACGAAGAAGGUUGGCAUUAGACUCUUAGGUUACUGAAUAACGAAGAAGGUUGGCAUUA